AUGCAGGGAGCCCCCCGGCAGCACAACGCCCUUACUCCUUUGUGCCAGCAUAGGGAGGCUAGCAGCGCCACGCAGUGGUCCUUCCUUGAGAGAGAUGGCGACGUGCAGAGCCCUGAGCGGCAAGGACGGUCGUCGCUGACCUCCGGGCUCAUGGUCAACUCCACCCGCUCUGCUCCCAAGCAGUGCGACUGGAGUGCCGUGGUCCCGACAGGAAAGCAGAAGGCCGCCGCCGGCCGAACUCGGCAGCCGCUUGGAGACAUCGGCAACCUCGUCCACGCCCCCCAUGUCUUGGACGGGAAAACCAAGCUGCCGGUGCCGGAGGGGAUCAAUCGCCGGGUCACCCGGAGCUUCGGCUCCCAGCUCUUGAAGAACAACUGCGCUGUGACGAACAAGAACGCAACAGCUCCUGCUCCUGCUCCUCCCGCCGCCCUGAAGCCGGCGGUGGCCAGGAAGGUUCUCAAGCCCGCCCCUCGUCCUGAGCAGGCCGCCGCCAAGGCCAUCAACACUGGCUCCGACGAGAACAGGAAGCCGUCAGAGGGCGCCACCGCCGGCUUAGUGCUCCCCAGAAAGAAGUUGGUGGACACGCUCAGCUUAGUGCUCUCCCAUCGCUCCAAGGAAGCGUGUGGCCUCAAUCGCAAGCCAAAGGACGUCGUGGAAGACAUCGACAGGCUCGACGGCGACAACGAGCUGGCCGUCGUCGACUACAUCGACGACAUUUACAGUUACUACAAGACAGCGCAGCACGAGAACCUGCCGGUCCAGUACAUUGACAGCCAGCCCGAGAUCAACCCCAAGAUGAGGGCCAUCCUCGUGGACUGGCUCGCCGAAGUGGCGCAUAAGUUUGAGCUCAUGCCGGAAAGCUUCUACCUCACCAUCUAUAUAGUGGACCGGUUCCUCUCCAUGAAGGCGGUGCCUCGACGGGAGCUGCAGCUCGUCGGGGUCGCAGCUAUGCUCAUCGCCUGCAAGUACGAGGAAAUGUGGGCUCCCGAGGUCACUGACUUCAUUCACAUCUCAGACAACUCGUACUCGCGGCAGCAGAUCCUCGGCAUGGAGAAGAACAUCCUGAACAAAAUGUCAUGGAACCUCACUGUUCCCACGAUGUACGUCUUCCUGGUGCGGUUCGCCAAGGCCGCUGGGACCGGGAGCGACAAGGAGCUGGAGCACAUGGUGUUCUUCUUCGCCGAGUUGGCGCUGAUGGAGUACGGGAUGGUCUCGCUCUGCCCGUCGCUGGUGGCAGCCUCCGCUGUGUACGCUGCUCGGUGCACGCUGAACAAGAGUCCCAUUUGGACGGAGACCCUGAAGCACCACACCGGCUUCAACGAGCUACAGCUCAUGGAGCAUGCCAAGGCCCUUGUCGCCUCGCACGCCGCCGCCCCUCAGAGCAAGCUGAAGGCGGUGUACAAGAAGUAUUCCGGCUCGCAGUUUGCGCGUGUGGCGCUGCACCCUCCUGCAGUAGCCUACUCAUCUUAGGUUCUUUCGAAUCAAGAAAGCUUGGUUUACUUUACUUACUCUGCUAAUCGACAGAUACACCGUGGUGUAACAGCUUAUUCUUUUACAUGUGUUCCUCUGUUACUGUUCUGCUCUACUCUUUGGAUAC